AGCUACUCGCAAUAAUGCUACAUUAAGUGCGUACCACGGUAAUGCUUCCUCAGUUUUACGCUACGCAAUAGAUAUAUGGGGUAACUCUGUGGAUUUGAUCCGACCAUUCAGAGCACAGAAAAAGUGUGUGCGUGCAAUAUGUGGUGCUGACUACCUUACCUGCCAUUACCCUGUCUCUAUAUUCGAAGUUUCCAUUUUUAACCGACUUCCCAAAAAGGAGGAUGUUCUCAAUUCGGCCGAUAUGUUCCAAAAUGAUUCCCGCAGAAACAGAACUAAAAAAACUACUGAAUGCUGUACGGAGAGGGAAGAUAGACGAUAUCAAGAACAUAGUUAAAUGCUUCGAAAAAGACGUGGAUCGCAUCAGAACGCUAUUACCUGCAGCGUACGUGGAAGCCAGGGCAUGUCCUACACAGGACGACCUUGUCAUUGCCGCGUGUUCCCACAACCAGAAGCAUGUUCUCGACUACUUGCUGAGUCAAACUGAUAUUUUGUACUAUCUCACUGACAGUACACAAAACAUUACAGAAGUGAUUAAGAAGAGAACAGAAGCGGUCAGAUAUGCGCUGCGGCUGGAAGAUUUCGAAAUGGUGGAGAAGUUGUACGACUACUGGAGCGGGGACUUGUAUUGGAAAGGUCACGAAAAGGAUAAGUUUAAUAAUCUUGGACAAAUACUAAAAGAUGCUGAGAACCCAGCCAUUGUAAAGAACCAACAACUAUUUAUUAAUUUCAAAUGUCUCGUCACGUUGAAUGACUUUCAGCAAGAACUGAACAGCAAACUGCCAGAACUACUGUCACACGAUGCUUCCGCAGUAGACACUGCUAGAGAACUACUGACUGUGUUGAGUAUAUAUGACAAAUAUUCGGAUAUAGAUAGCGUAAGAAUACGAGAUGUUACACCCGAAAUCGAACUUCUGCUCAAAUCGUACUUAGCAGAUAAGAACAGCAGAUACUUCAAAACACUUGUGCAUAUUAAGUACGAAGUCUAUUUUCGGAAGCUGGAUUUCUGUAUAGCAUCACUUUUAUUGGAGAAGUUAUACAUUAUAAAAAAUCAUUUAACAAAACGUUUUAAUAAGUUCAAAGAAUAUUUCGAGAAUAAUAAAACAUUACACAAUCAAUACAUAAGCGCAUCGAACACUUACAAAGAUAUAGAAUGUGCUAUCUAUCAUCUAAUCUACCGGACGAGCGAAGACUGGGGAUUGUACCUACCUGCAGAUAGACAGCUAACAGAAAGUCAUCACGUAGGUAUUUAUAAUGGUAGCAUAAUAAAAAAACUUAAAUCAACAUACGAUAUACAUAAGUUGUAUAACGGUCCUGUGCUAUACUUCGAGCGAAGGUAUUUCAAGAAAUCCGUCAACAGAUUAAAAAAAAUAUUAAAGAAACAUGUAAUUGGUAAGGAACCAACAAUGACAUCAAUGCCGACCAGAAACCAGAAGAACUUUGAAAUAUUAUUAGAUGCGAAGUAUCUAACACCAAUGAUGUACAUGAGGGAACAUUACUCAUUAAGAAAAAAUGUCACUUACGAUGAAGCUCUCGAACAGACUACAGGUAUAGAUAUCAUUAUAUUUGAAAGAGUUCUUCAGGUUAUCGAAGAAAUGCUAAAAAACCCUACAGAGUCGUCACAUAUAUCUGACUUCACGAAGGCAGACACUAUCCAUCAUCUACAAGGCAUUAGAGAGUUCUUGUCACGAGCUGACGCUAAAAAUGAAUUAGUAAAAAUCGAAAAACUAAUUGAUCCUAUUUUUGAGUUGUAUAAAUCUGUACUUGAUAAAUUGUCAUUACAAAAAGGUUUAGAUCUACUAAAUAAUAGAAUUAAAAACAUGCCGGUCGGUGCUAGACAACGCCUUGAUGAAGUAACCUCUCUUUUUAAGGAACGUGGAAAUGACUCAGUUUCUGCGUCUGGUCAAUACUUUAAAGAAGUAUGGGAACCUGCCGGCUUGUCACAUCAAUUGCUUAAAGAAAUUCCAAUGCUAAUACACAACCGCGAUGACAUUUCAUCAAAAAAGAUAAUGGUUGACAAAGAUAUAGAAGACAAGACAGAAAAAACAUUGGAAGUCAUGCGGAAGAACAAUGAUAGUGUCGAUAACAUCACAUUAGCUUGGCUUUGUCGCAAACGUUUGCUUGAAUCGGGGCUAUUGACUUAUAGCCCUCUUAGUGAAGACUACCGUACUGAAACUAAACCAGUUAUUGCUAAAGAAAACCUUAAUAAAAAUAUCGUCCUUAAAGUAGCACAGACUGGCACUAAAAGUGGUACGUCUUGUGGACAAGAAAUAAAUGAAAAAGUGCAACGGUCGAUGGGCGGCAGUGCUCAGGGGGCAUUAUAUAAAGUUUGGAACGCGGUUUUAGUUUCAUUUAGUAUAUUAAUCUUCUUAUACAGGGUGUAACAAAAUACCCAUUGGUGUUCUAUGAAACUAUGAAAUGUUCUAUAUUUAUAUCAUUAUAUAUAAUAAAUGAUAGAAUUGUUGUUAAAAUAUCGUUAGAAUUAACGUAUACAGUAAAAUAUACUUUAGCUAUACAUUAUAGUAUACAUAAACAUAUAAAUAUACCUACAUUUUUAAUAUAUACUAGUAUAACAUAUUAAUAUAUAGUAGUUACUGAACAAAAGUAAUUAAAAGUUGGUAAUAUUUAUUGCUCACACAAUAUUUGCUGCUUACGAUUUCAAUCACAACAUGCCACAAGUCCAUUCUUCUUGUAGUAUAAGCCAAUAUACAAACUGCAGAUAUAUUAUUUAUAUAUUCAUUUGAAAAUAGUAUUUGACCAGUAAACCACUUUAUUUAACACCACAUUCCAGUGAUCUACAUCUGCUCAGCUUACAAAGUUUAUGUGAUAUCUAAUUCUUUUAAUAAUAAAUCAUUAAUAUAUAAACAAUACAUAAAGCAUGAUGCAAAUUAUAGGUAAGUAUUAAACUUUAAAAUACAUUUUACCAUCUCUGUAAACAAAAUAUGUACGCAAGUUGCAUGCCUACUUGAUACUUUAAUAAUUAUGUGUGCAUUUUACAGUAAUAAGGUAACCUAACCAAAUAAGGCCUACCUUAUUUUUAUUACCGCCUAGCUCGUAGGUUUAAAAUGACAAUGGGCUGAUAAUUUCAAAAUCUUAUAUUUAUUUAUUAAACUUUGUAAUAAUGGAAUCAAAAUGGCUUUAGAAACAAAAUUUACAAUUUUAUAAACACAAAUAACUAAAGUGUCACUUUGGCCUUAUUGGGAACCCUAUGUCUUAAUAAGGCCUCAAUAAAAACUAGUAAGUAUUCAACUUCUUAAUUAUAACAAAACUUUGUCAAUGCUUAUAAUAAAUAUAAUGAGAUCUUAUUAA